GUCAACACUCUUUGAAGCCACGGCAGCUGUCAGAGCGUCACUAAGCGCAGAGAAGAUUCGGCUUCGUGGAAGGAAGAACGGUGUGAAAAUGCAUCAACACUUAUCCACAACGCGACUCAGAAUCCAGCCUUUAAACUGUUAGCGUGUUGCCACCGAGCUGGAUCCCACCAGUGACUUUCCCCCGGCUGUUGUUUUGUUUUGUUUUAAUCUGCUGGAGGACAUCAGUCUGCGCAGCGCCGCUGUCCACCCGACAGAACUAGUCCAGACAUGAGCAACGUUAACCCGAUUUUCUGGGACCAGUUGCAGGCUGGCAGCUCCGAGGUGGACUGGUGUGAAGGAAAUUACCUCAUAUAUCCCAGCAUCGCUGAAUUUUACAACACGAUCAGCAACGUCUUGUUCUUUGUUUUGCCUCCCAUACUGAUGUGCUUGUUCCGUGAAUAUGCCCAACACUUCAACAGUGGGAUCUACCUCAUCUGGAUCCUGCUGGUGGUGGUCGGCAUCGGAUCGACAUAUUUUCACGCCACGCUCAGCUUUCUUGGCCAAAUGCUAGAUGAGCUGGCCAUUCUUUGGGUGCUCAUGUGUGCCAUCGCCAUGUGGUUUCCCAAGAGAUACCUGCCGAAGAUGUUCAGGAGAAAUCGUUUAAGGUUCAAAGUGGUCAUCGGCAUCCUGUCUGGGAUCACCACCGGACUGGCCUUUGUUAAACCUGUUGUCAAUUCGCUGUCACUCAUGACUCUGGGCAUCCCCUGCACAGCGCUGCUCAUCACUGAGCUUAAAAGGUGUGAAAACCCCCGUGUGUUCAAACUGGGGCUGAUCUCUGGGGUCUGGUGGACGCUGGCUCUGCUCUGCUGGAUCAGCGACAGGAUAUUCUGCGAAAUGUGGUCAUCAGUCAACUUCCCAUACUUACACUGUGCUUGGCACAUCCUCAUCUGUCUGGCCUCCUACUUAGGCUGCGUCUGCUUCGCCUACUUCCACGUGGCGACUGAGGCCCCGGAGCAAGGCCCUGUCAUUAUGUUCUGGCCCAACGAGAAGUGGGCCUUCAUCGGGGUGCCAUAUGUUUCUUUACUCUGCGUUCACAAGAAAUCAGCCAUCAAGGUGACUUAAAGUGGCCUUAUGAGAUCGCAGCUCUGCAGCUUUGACACCAGCAUGAUACGGCAGCCCGUCUGCGAGUCGCGCUGCCCCCAUCGGGUUCUUUUUGGUUUGACUGGAAGAUGCACACAAUGCAAAUGUCAAACGGUGAACGUUUUCCUGCUCUGGAAUCUUCUUUGAAUCCCGACAGAGCAGGGAUUUAUGCAACACCGAUGUCAUUAUUUUGUGAAAUAUGGUGCAGGGUAUCUCUCUAAAUAACAUAUCAAAGACAACAAACCUUUACAGUGUUCUGCACAUUACUCAGGCUUUGCAUGAGACAUCAUGUAACCUCCUCAGAGUGAUAGUAUCUUGUAUCUGUGACUUUCAUACAUUUUCUAAAUGUUGGAAGAGGUCAGUAUUAAGCAUUAUGCUGCUUCAAAAAUUAUUACUAUAGUAACUCGUUGUUGCCAGGUUUAGUAUCAAUAAAGCACAGAUUUAAUUAAUUAAAUGUUACUAUUGCAAAAAUCAAGCCAAUCAUAUUCGAAUUUAUAAGCUGGUUUCUAUAAAAAAUCAGAGUUCUGUUCUUUACUUUCAGAAGUCUACUGUGAUUUUAUUUAAAUUUUGCUAAAUAUCAAUGCAAUACUCAGUUAUUUUCCAAAAAGAAUUAUGUGAUCCUUGUAUUCUGACAGAGGUUGGUACCUUUUAAUUGGGAUUAACGCUUUGUAAUGUCAACAAAUGAAAACAAAAGUUUGAUUUUGUUAUUAAAACCUGGUUUAUAAAUAAUUUUCUUUAGAAAUCAGCCUUGUAUUGACAGUAUUUUAAGGUUAACCAGGUUUAUUACAAUUUUUCCUUUGAAAUGAGACAUUUAAUGUGUUGGCUACUCAAGGUUAAGGUAAUAUAAAAUGGUGCAAAGACAUUUCGGUCAAGAUAAUGAGAUGUAAAACAAUUGCAAUUGCAAUAACAAGUUAAUGUACAUUGUUUCUGUAUCCACUGUCUGUUUCGCAUCCAGUGAAGCAAUCUGGUGAAAGUAAGUAACCUGUAAAGCAGAUAAUAAACAGUGGGACAGAUUA